AUGGCUGGAGCAGCAGUAAAAUGGGUGGUAUCAAAGAGAAGUAUCUUGAAACAUUUAUUUCCAAUCCAAAAUGGAGCUUUAUAUUGUGUUCAUCAUAAAUCUACAUAUUCUUCUCUACCAGAUGACUAUAAUUGCGAAGUAGAGCUUGCUUUGACAUCUGGCAGGACAAUAGUAUGCUACCAUCCUUCUGUGGACAUUCCAUAUGAACACACAAAACCUGUUCCUCUACCAGAUUCUGUGUGUAAUAAGGGAGAAACACAUGAUCAAGUGCUGAAAACCAGAUUAGCAGAAAAAAGUGAACGCCUUGAACAAGGACCCAUGAUAGAACAACUUAGCAAAAUGUUCUUUACUAUUAAGCACCAUUGGUAUCCUUGCGGACAGUAUCACACUCGUCGUAAGAAACUGAAUCCUCCAAAGGACAGCUGA